AUGGAUCAGGGCUACGGAGGUUAUGGGGCAUGGAGUACUGGACCUACCAACACCCAGGGUACAUAUGGAACUGGUGUGGCCAGUUGGCAAGGUUAUGAAAACUACAAUUAUUAUGGUGCCCAGAACACCAGCGUCACUGCGGGAGCAACUUACAACUACGGCCCAGCCUCAUGGGAGGCCACCAAGGCCAGCGACGGCCUGGCGCCUGGGGGCCCUGCCAUGCACAUGGCUUCUUAUGGCCCAGAACCAUGCACUGACAGUUCUGACUCCCUCAUCGCCAAGAUCAACCAGCGUUUGGACAUGAUGUCCAAGGAAGGAGGAAGGGGCGGGAGCAGCAGCGGUGGGGAGGGCAUGCAGGACCGGGAGAGCUCCUUUCGCUUCCAGUCGUUUGAGCCCUAUGAUUCCAGGCCUUGCCUGCCUGAGCACAAUCCCUACCGCCCCAGUUACAGCUACGACUAUGACUUUGACCUGGGACCCGACCGCAAUGGUGGCUUUGGUGGUCAGUACAGUGACUGCCGGGACCCAGCCCGUGAGCGGGGCGCCCUCGAUGGCUUCAUGCGGGGCCGCGGCCAGGGCCGCUUCCAGGACCGGAGCAACCCCAGCACGUUUAUGCGCGGCGACCCCUUCAUGCCUCCUGCAGCCUCCUCUGAGCCUCUUUCUACUCCGUGGACAGAGAUGAACUAUGUGGGUGGGCGGGGCCUUGGAGGCCCCUCCCCCGGCAGGCCCCCGCCUUCCCUCUUCUCCCAGUCCAUGGCCCCUGACUUUGGCAUGAUGGGCAUGCAGGGGGCAGGCGGUUAUGACAACCCUGUGCCCUAUGGAUGUGGCCGGUCACAGACCCGGAUCAGAGAUCAGCCUCGGCGGAGAGGGUUCAACCGCUGCGGCCCAGAAAGCUUGGGCAGGAAACGGAAGCAGCUGCAGAUUUAUGACGAGCCUGACACCAAACAAGCUCGAGCUGACAGCGAAGGAGAAUUUUCUGAAAACGAUGAUGGAGCUGGUGACUUCCGGUCAGGAGAUGAAGAAUUCAGGGGUGAGGACGAAUUCUUUGACUCCGGGAGGCAGAGAGGAGAAAAGGAAGACGAGGACGAUGAAGUGAAGAAGAGAAGGGAAAAGCAGAGGAGGAGAGACAGGAUGCGAGACCGAGCAGCUGACAGGAUUCAGUUUGCCUGUUCCGUGUGCAAGUUCCGUAGCUUUGAAGAUGAAGAAAUCCAGAAGCAUUUGCAAAGCAAGUUUCACAAAGAGACACUGCGCUUUAUAAGUACCAAGCUGCCUGACAAGACGGUGGAAUUCCUCCAGGAAUACAUUAUAAACAGAAAUAAGAAAAUUGAGAAGCGGCGUCAGGAACUAAUGGAGAAGGAAAGUACAAAACCAAAACCAGAUCCUUUCAAAGGGAUUGGCCAGGAGCACUUCUUCAAGAAAAUAGAGGCUGCCCACUGCCUGGCCUGUGACAUGCUGAUCCCAGCGCAGCCCCAGCUCCUCCAGCGGCACCUGCACUCUGUCGACCACAAUCACAACCGCCGGUUGGCUGCUGAACAGUUCAAGAAAACAAGUCUCCAUGUGGCUAAGAGUGUUUUGAACAACAGACAUAUAGUGAAGAUGCUGGAAAAAUACCUCAAGGGUGAAGACCCUUUCACCAGUGAAGCUGGUGAUGCAGAAAUAGAAGGAGAUGAGAAUUUAGGAGGCGAGGAUAAGGAAGAGACACCUGAGGAGGUAGCGGCCCAGGUCUUAGCUGAGGCCCAACCCCAGCAAGCCAACACAGCCAGCACCAACCCCCCUCCCCCGGAGACUUCCAACCCCAACAAGCCCAAGAGGCAGACCAACCAACUGCAAUAUCUGCUCAAAGUGGUGCUCAAGACACUAUGGAAACACCAGUUUGCGUGGCCUUUCCAGCAGCCUGUGGAUGCCGUCAAGCUAAACCUCCCUGAUUACUAUAAGAUCAUUAAAACACCUAUGGAUAUGGGAACAAUAAAGAAGCGCUUGGAAAACAACUAUUACUGGAAUGCUCAGGAAUGUAUCCAGGACUUCAACACUAUGUUUACAAAUUGUUACAUCUACAACAAGCCUGGAGAUGACAUAGUCUUAAUGGCAGAAGCUCUGGAGAAGCUUUUCUUGCAAAAAAUCAACGAACUGCCCACUGAAGAAACCGAGAUUGUGAUAGUCCAGGCGAAAGGACGAGGACGCGGGAGGAAAGAAGCAGGGACAGCAAAGCCUGGCGUCUCUGCGGUACCGAACACGACGCAAGCGGCAACUCCUCCGCAGACCCAGACCCCUCAGCAGAAUCCUCCACCUGUGCAGGCCACACCUCACCCCUUCCCUGCCGUCACCCCAGACCUCAUCGUCCAGGCCCCUGUCAUGACCGUGGUACCGGCCCAGCCGCUGCAGACGCCCCCGCCAGUGCCCCCCCAGCCACUGCCCCCCCCUGCGCCAGCCCCCCAGCCCGUGCAGAGCCACCCGCCCAUCAUUGCAGCCACCCCGCAGCCUGUGAAGACAAAGAAGGGGGUUAAGAGGAAAGCGGAUACCACCACCCCUACCACCAUCGACCCCAUUCAUGAGCCGCCCUCACUGCCCCCGGAGCCCAAGACCGCCAAGCUGGGCCCCCGGCGGGAGAGCAGCCGGCCUGUUAAACCCCCGAAGAAGGAUGUGCCUGACUCGCAGCAGCACCCGGCGCCAGAUAAGAGCAGCAAGGUCUCAGAGCAGCUCAAGUGCUGUAGUGGCAUCCUUAAGGAGAUGUUCGCCAAGAAGCACGCGGCUUACGCCUGGCCCUUCUACAAGCCCGUGGACGUGGAGGCGCUGGGCCUGCAUGACUACUGUGACAUCAUCAAGCACCCCAUGGACAUGAGCACAAUCAAGUCUAAACUGGAGGCCCGUGAGUACCGUGAUGCUCAGGAGUUUGGUGCCGACGUCCGAUUGAUGUUCUCUAACUGCUACAAGUACAACCCUCCUGACCAUGAGGUGGUGGCCAUGGCCCGCAAGCUCCAGGAUGUGUUCGAGAUGCGCUUUGCCAAGAUGCCGGAUGAGCCCGAGGAGCCUGCCGCAGCUGUGUCCUCCCCGGCAGUGCCGCCUCCCACCAAGGUUGUUGCCGCGCCAUCCUCCAGUGACAGCAGCAGUGACAGCUCCUCAGACAGUGACAGCUCCACCGACGACUCGGAGGAGGAGCGGGCCCAGCGGCUGGCCGAGCUGCAGGAGCAGCUCAAAGCCGUGCACGAGCAGCUUGCAGCGCUUUCACAGCCCCAGCAGAACAAACCAAAGAAAAAGGAGAAAGACAAAAAGGAAAAGAAAAAAGAAAAGCACAAAAAGAAAGAGGAAGUGGAGGAGAAUAAGAAAAGCAAAGCCAAGGAACUUCCUCCCAAAAAGACCAAGAAAAAUAACAGCAGUAACAGCAGCACGAGCAAGAAGGAGCCAGCACCCUUGAAGAGCAAGCCCCCUCCCGCGUAUGAGUCGGAGGAAGAGGACAAGUGCAAGCCCAUGUCAUACGAGGAGAAGCGGCAGCUGAGCCUGGACAUCAACAAGCUGCCUGGCGAGAAGCUGGGCCGCGUGGUGCACAUCAUUCAGUCACGGGAGCCCUCCCUCAAGAACUCCAACCCCGAUGAGAUCGAGAUCGACUUCGAGACCCUGAAGCCAUCCACCCUGCGUGAGCUGGAGCGCUAUGUCACCUCCUGCUUGCGGAAGAAGAGGAAACCUCAAGCUGAUAAAGUUGAUGUGAUCGCUGGCUCCUCCAAGAUGAAGGGCUUCUCAUCCUCAGAGUCGGAGAGCACCAGCGAGUCCAGCUCCUCUGACAGCGAAGACUCUGAAACAGAGAUGGCUCCGAAGUCCAAAAAGAAGGGGCACCCUGGGAGGGAGCAGAAGAAGCACCACCACCACCACCAUCAGCAGAUGCAGCAGGCCGCGGCCCCUGUGCCCCCGCCGCCGCCGCCACCACCCCAGCAGCCCCCGCCGCCGCCGCCGCCCCAGCAGCAGCCACCGCCGCAGCCCCCGGCCCCGCCCCCGCCCCCGUCCAUGCCGCAGCAGGCGGCCUCUGCGAUGAAAUCCUCGCCUCCGCCCUUCAUCGCCGCCCAGGUGCCUGUGCUGGAGCCCCAGCUUCCAGGCAGCGUCUUCGACCCUAUCGGCCACUUCACCCAGCCCAUCCUGCACCUGCCGCAGCCUGAGCUGCCCCCUCACCUGCCCCAGCCUGCUGAGCACAGCACUCCGCCUCAUCUCAACCAGCACUCGGUGGUGUCUCCUCCAGCUUUGCACAACGCGCUGCCUCAGCAGCCAUCACGACCCAGUAACCGAGCUGCCGCCCUGCCCCCCAAGGCUUCCCGUCCCCCCGCUGUGUCACCCGCCCUGGCCCAGCCACCCCUCCUCCCGCAGCCCCCCAUGGCUCAGCCCCCCCAAGUGCUGCUGCAGGAGGACGAAGAGCCACCUGCCCCACCCCUCACCUCCAUGCAGAUGCAGCUCUACCUGCAGCAGCUGCAGAAGGUGCAGCCCCCCACACCACUACUCCCUUCCGUGAAGGUGCAGUCCCAGCCCCCACCCCCCCUGCCGCCCCCUCCCCACCCCUCCGUGCAGCAGCAGCUGCAGCAGCAGCAGCAGCCGCCCCCGCCACCGCCCCAGCCCCAGCCCCCACCCCAGCAGCAGCACCAGCCCCCCCCACGGCCCGUGCACAUGCAGCCCAUGCAGUUCCCCGCCCACAUCCAGCAGCCCCCGCCGCCCCCCGGCCAGCAGCCACCCCACCCACCCGCAGGCCAGCAGCCACCCCCGCCGCAGCCUGCCAAGCCCCAGCAAGUCAUCCAGCACCACCCUUCACCCCGGCACCACAAGUCGGACCCCUACUCCACUGGUCACCUCCGUGAAGCCCCCUCCCCGCUUAUGAUACAUUCCCCCCAGAUGCCACAGUUCCAGAGCCUGACCCACCAGUCGCCACCCCAGCAAAAUGUCCAGCCUAAGAAGCAGGAGCUCCGCGCGGCCUCCGUGGUCCAGCCCCAGCCCCUGGUGGUGGUGAAGGAGGAGAAGAUCCACUCACCCAUCAUCCGCAGUGAGCCCUUCAGCCCCUCACUGCGGCCGGAGCCCCCCAAGCACCCGGAGAGCAUCAAGGCCCCCGUCCACUUGCCCCAGCGGCCUGAGAUGAAGCCUGUGGAUGUCGGGAGGCCUGUCAUUCGGCCCCCUGAGCAGAAUGCACCCCCACCAGGGGCCCCAGACAAGGACAAACAGAAACAGGAGCCGAAGACGCCAGUUGCACCCAAAAAGGACCUAAAGAUCAAGAACAUGGGCUCCUGGGCGAGCCUGGUGCAGAAGCAUCCCACCACCCCGUCCUCCACAGCCAAGUCCUCAAGUGACAGCUUCGAGCAGUUCCGCCGUGCCGCCCGGGAGAAGGAGGAGCGCGAGAAGGCCUUGAAGGCGCAGGCCGAGCACGCAGAGAAGGAGAAGGAGCGGCUGCGGCAGGAGCGCAUGAGGAGCCGGGAGGAUGAGGAUGCUCUGGAGCAGGCCCGGCGAGCCCAUGAGGAGGCACGGCGGCGCCAGGAGCAGCAGCAGCAGCGUCAGGAGCAGCAGCAGCAGCAGCAACAGGCAGCUGCUGUAGCUGCCGCCACCGCCCCCCAGGCCCGGAGCUCCCAGCCCCAGUCCAUGCUGGACCAGCAGAGAGAGCUGGCCCGGAAGCAGGAGCAGGAGCGAAGGCGCCGGGAAGCGAUGGCAGCUACCAUUGACAUGAAUUUCCAGAGUGAUCUGUUGUCAAUAUUUGAAGAAAAUCUUUUCUGA